AUGUUAACAACUUCGAUUCCACGACAUCUCCGCCAGCCUGGAGAUGAGGGAUACCGAACUCCCACGAUCGAGGAUGUGGAAAACAAUCCCGCCUCCGCUUUUCCGUUCCCAGACCAGUCAUUGCCAUUAUCACUGCCGCAAUCUGCUCCCCCUACUACACCAAUUCUUGAUCGUAUCCGUUCCCGGGCAUCUCAUCAAACCAACGGCCACAACAAUUCCACGACCGCUGGAGUGGAAUCCAACGGGCUGAGGAAGGAAAGUGGUUUCAAUGACUUCAAAGGCCAUGUAAAUAAUUCGUUAGAGGAUUGUCCGCUGACGCUGUCCUGGAAGGAGAGGAUGCGACAUUUUACUUGGGCGUUUUUCACGCUGACGAUGGCGACCGGGGGGGUUGCGAAUGCGCUGUAUUGGGUUCCGUACCGUUUCCCUGGUCUUUAUACAAUAGGCGUUGUAGUAAUGCUCGCCAACAUCGCCCUAUACUGCUGCAUAUGGGGCCUGCUACUCUUCCGCUUUUAUAGCUUCCCAUAUACAUUCAAAGCAUCAUUCAUGCAUCCGACAGAGUCCCUCUUUGUCCCAGCCUCAAUCGUCUCAUUCGGGACUAUCCUCAUUAAUAUCUCGCAAUACGGCCUGAUGAAAUCCGGCGAGUGGCUAAAUACGGCUACCUGUAUCUUAUUCUGGUUCAAUGCCGCACUGGCCGUCAUGUUCUCCGCCGGCAUAUAUCUCAUCCUAUGGUCAACGCAGACCUUUACAAUCGCUCAGAUGACGCCCAUAUGGAUUUUCCCCGCCUACCCCAUGUUAAUAGUCGGACCCCAUGCCGGCAUACUGAGCAGCGACUUAUCCCAGAGACAAGCUCUGCGCAUUAUAGUUGGAGGCACGACUAUCCAGGGCGUUGGCUUCCUUGUUUCUCUGACAGUGUAUUCAGCAUUUAUAUACAGAUUGAUGACGCAGAAGUUGCCUAAAGAAAACUUGAGACCAGGCAUGUUUGUCUCCGUGGGACCUAGCGCGUUUACAGUUGUAGGGAUUAUGGGUAUGGCGAAGAACGCUGACCGGGCAUUUCCGGCGGAUUUCAUGGGCGAUGGUCCCUUCGCCGCCAAAGUUAUUCGCACCGUAGCGAAUUUUGCCGCGCUUUGGCUCUGGGGCCUCGCCAUAUUUUUCUUCUUCAUUGCUGUCUUCGGCCACUGGUCUGCCGUCAGCCGCGGUCGCAUGCUCUUCUCCAUGACAUGGUACUCAUUCGUUUUCCCCAACACAGCAUUGGUGGCGGCCACCUUCGCCAUCGGCAACGCGUUCGCGUCCCGGGAGAUUGAGAUCGUGGGAUGCGCGAUGGUCAUCUUACUACUGAUGACGUACGUUUUUGUCACAGUUAUGAUGGUGCGGGCUGUUGUGUUGCGUCAUAUUUUAUGGCCGAGGAAAGGGGAGGAUAAAGAUGAGGGCGGGUUUAAGAUUAUGGAGAUACAGCCUGCGGUGCCAUCGAUUUUGGUUGGGUAA